GAGCGUGUGCCGGAGCCGCGGCCCCGGGAGACGACGACGGCGGCGGCGGGGAGAUGGGCGACAAGAAGGUGGCUCUCAUCACCGGCAUCACCGGGCAGGAUGGAUCGUACUUGGCUGAGUUCCUGCUGGAAAAAGGCUAUGAGGUGCAUGGAAUUGUUCGUCGAUCUAGUUCUUUUAAUACAGGCCGGAUUGAGCAUCUCUAUAAGAACUCACAGGCUCACAUUGAAGGAAACAUGAAGCUGCACUAUGGUGACCUCACGGACAGCACCUGUCUGGUGAAGAUCAUUAAUGAAGUCAAACCCAAUGAGAUAUACAACCUGGGAGCUCAGAGCCACGUCAAGAUUUCUUUUGACCUAGCAGAGUAUACUGCUGAUGUUGAUGGAGUUGGCACUUUACGGCUCCUAGAUGCUAUUAAGACCUGUGGCCUUAUCAAUUCUGUGAAGUUCUACCAAGCCUCCACCAGUGAACUUUUUGGAAAAGUGCAAGAAAUCCCGCAGAAGGAGACCACCCCUUUUUACCCAAGAUCUCCUUAUGGUGCAGCAAAACUGUAUGCCUAUUGGAUUGUGGUGAACUUCAGAGAGGCCUACAAUCUCUUUGCUGUGAAUGGCAUUCUCUUCAAUCAUGAAAGUCCCAGGAGAGGAGCUAAUUUUGUUACUCGAAAAAUUAGCCGAUCAGUGGCAAAGAUUCACCUCGGACAGAUGGAUUCUUUCAGCCUGGGCAAUCUGGAUGCUAAGAGAGACUGGGGCCAUGCCAGGGACUACGUUGAGGCCAUGUGGCUGAUGCUGCAAACGGAUGAGCCAGAGGACUUUGUCAUUGCCACUGGGGAGGUCCAUAGCGUCCGUGAAUUUGUGGAGAAGUCAUUUAAGCACAUUGGAAAAACCAUUGUGUGGGAAGGAAAGAAUGAAAAUGAAGUUGGGCGAUGCAAAGAGACUGGCAAGAUUCAUGUGACAGUCAAUCACAAGUACUACAGACCAACUGAAGUGGAUUUCCUUCAAGGGGACUGUACCAAAGCCAGGCAAAAGCUGAACUGGAAGCCCAGAGUCACAUUUGAUGAGCUGGUGAGGGAGAUGGUGGAUGCCGACGUGGAGCUCAUGAGGAGCAACCCCAACGCCUGAGCCCACCGGGACCCAGCCAUGGCACAGCUACACGGGGGCCGUGCUGGGGGCCACCCCCAGCCCCAGUGGCUCUAUGCUAGCAGCCUGUGUGUGCAAGGCCAGUUUUGUGUUUCCUCCAUUCCCCCAGUGCCUCAGGCCCCACACAUCGGGGGCAGCCCCGCUCCUCCACCCAGGCCACCUCUGGUGCCUGCCACACUACUUUACCUAGAGGAGCCAUUGGCCAGAGAGCCCACCGACUUACUUUUUAAUUAAAACUUGUCUUUCUAUUCCUUAAUGCGACCUCCAGCGCAUUUUUAGUACUUUCUCCCGUCUGAAUGCCAGCACCCCCCAGCAACAGCAGCAGCACACCCCCGGUGCUGUGUGUGCCCUCCAGUCCCUGCUCCACCGCAUCCUCCUGCCUUUCUUUUCUGAGCACUCCUUGUUUUCCCUUCCUGCAGCUUCCCUCCACCCCAGCGACCCAUUUCCAGCACUUGAACUCUGUAAAAAUUCAGAUAACUCGAUCUAACUUGCAGUGAAAUCGCCUUUUGACCAUGCCAAAUUAAUUCCUAAUUGCUGGAAUCGCUUUCAGAUCAGGCAGAGGGGGUUUGCACGCACGCUUCAGAUCUUCAUUGCAGGGUGUAAGGGGUCACAGAGAGCCUUUCAGUCCUUCCCAGCCCCUCCUUCCCAAAGUACCUUCCCAGCCCUGGGGUUUGGGUAAUUUUUUCCCCUUUUUGUUUCCCCCAGAAUCAUCUCAUUCCCCACCCACCUUCUUCCUGCACACUAUGAUUAAACCUUGGACUGGAGCUUGAACCAUCUCAAAAGAUGGCUUAAGAAAUUAAAAAAUAAAUAAAAAAAAAUAAAAAGAA